AGUGGGGAGUGGUCACGUGGGGAGAGGGAAUUUCCGGUGCGGAAAGGAGGAGCGAUGGCGGCGCGGAAGGCGCUGAGGAUCGCUGAGCUGCAGGCCCGAGCCCUGCGCCCCACACCCCCCCGCGCACAGCGCCUCGGACAGUGGCGAGAGGAGCAGGGGUUUGCUCCGAGUCCGUCCGGGUUUGGGCCUCUGCGCGACCGCCCCGACUGGAGCUUCGUGGACGGACGCCCGGCGCCGCUCUGGAAGGGGCAAUGGCGGCGCCUGCGCGAGAACCGGGAGAUGGCGCGUCGGGCGCUGAAGCUCAGCGCCGCUCUGGAGGCGGCGGCCGCCGGGGGGCGCUCCCAGUAUGGACCAGUAUAGACCAGUACGGACCAGUACGGCCCAGUGAGAGCCGCGCGGCUCCCAGUUAAUAAAAACAGAGGGUUUGGACCCAAAACGAAGGG